AUUUUCUCCGCUUCUCCUCCGUGACUGCGUCCAGCCUUGCUGCUCGUGUUUCGGGGUUAGUAAUCAUGGUGUAAACACACGGCCAUGGCUGAUGAGAGAGAAGGAGCUGACAACAACAACAUUAACGACGACAUGGGGAACCAGCUGCAGCUCUUACCGGGAAAUGAAGAGGAGGAGGAGGAGGAGGAAGACGACAUGGAGACAGAGGACCGGGACAGCGAGGGAGCGGAAAAGCCGAGCAUCAUCAACUUCGACCCCAGCCUGCCCACUUCACACGCUUACCUGGGUUCAGACAUGGAGGAGUUCCACGGGCGCACUCUUCAUGAUGACGACAGCGUGCAGAAUCUCCCCGUCCUUCCUCACGCCGCACUCAUCCUCAUCCCGGGGCAGACGCUGCCGCUGCAGCUCUUCAGACCGCAGGAGGUCAGCAUGUUCCGCACCCUGGUCAGUCAGGACCGCACCUUCGCCGUGCUCGCACACAGUCCGGAUGUGGGCGGAGGCGAGCUGCAGGCGGAGUUCGGGACGACAGCCGAGAUCUACGCCUUCCGCGAAGAGCAGGAGUACGGCAUCGAGACGGUGAAAAUCAAAGCUAUUGGACGGCAGCGCUUCAAAGUGCACGACAUUCGCACACAGGCAGACGGGAUUCGUCAGGCAAAGGUGCAGAUUUUGCCCGAAAGGAUUUUGCUGGACCCUUUGAGUGCGCUGCAGCUCACAUCCCGCUUAAACAGACGUGUUCCAGAUGCCAGAGCCACGCCAGUGCAGAGCCAAGCACAACGCUGCCACGCCUACAGACGGAGAAAGUUGUAUCCUGCAAGUAUGACCCCAUGGCCUUCCUGGGUUUAUGCCCUGUAUGACUCGGACACUUUAAUGAACAGAGUUAAGAAGCAGCUCCACGAAUGGGACGAGAACCUCAAAGACGAAUCGCUGCCUGCUAAUGCUAUAGAUUUCUCCUACAGGGUGGCAGCAUGUUUGCCGAUAGACGAUGCUCUCAGACUGCAGCUGCUGAGGAUCGGUAGUGCGAUUCAGAGACUCCGCUGUGAGCUGGACAUCAUGGACAGGUGCACGUCUCUGUGCUGUAAACGAUGCCAGGACACCGAGAUCACGACCAAGAACGAGAUCUUCAGUCUGUCUCUGUGUGGUCCGAUGGCAGCUUAUGUGAAUCCUCACGGGUAUGUCCAUGAGACUCUGACCGUCUACAAGGCCAGCAACCUGAACCUGAGCGGCAGACCCUCCACACUGCACAGCUGGUUCCCGGGGUACGCCUGGACCAUCGCACAGUGCCGGACCUGCGGUUCUCACAUGGGCUGGAAGUUCUCCGCCGUGAAAAAGGAUCUGAGUCCUCAGCGAUUCUGGGGUCUGACUCGCUCAGCGCUCUUACCCACAAUCCCUCACAGCGAGGAGGGUGUGGAAGGCUCACGUCUGCUCUGCCUGUGAACUUAGCGCUGCACAAUAUGCACAGAGAAAAUCACAUCACAUCACCCGUCCUCCAUCACACACCACACUCCGAGCGACUGACCGAGGGGCAGGACGGAGAUAUUAAAAAGAAAACCCUGUGGACGAUGAAGGAGGAACAAGUGGACGAAGGAGAGAGAAAGGAAAUGACCCUGGCACUGAGAGAGUUUAUUACAAUCAGGACGUCACACAGCAGCAUAUUAAUCAUCAAAUUCUGUCUUGUUGAUAUAAAUGAUCUGUAAAAGGGGGGCUUUUGUGUGAUGAUCCCUUACUGGCCAAAGCAGGACGGCGCUGUGUGUGUAUAUAUGUGUGUGUAUAGAUGUGUCAGGUGUGGUACCGUGUGCCGCUCUGACUGUAAUUAGAAAUGGACAAAAAAGAAAGAUUGUAUUGUUGACGAAUCAUGUGAGAGAAACGACAUACGAGUAUCUGCUGUAUUUUUCUAUUUUUCGCAUUAUCUGGGUUUUUUCUUCCCGUCUCGUUCGACAGUGACGAUGUUCAUGGACGUGUGCGUGCUUUAAACACUGACGCCAUUCUGUUAAGACGUGUGUGUGUGUAUAGAAAGAUCUGUGUACUUCGGGUUAUCGAGGACUCAUUCAUUUAAAGCGCAUACACACACUUCACACACACACACACACACACACUUCACACACACUCUGUACAGCUUGUGCAUAUUUCAUCAGUCUCACGUCAUGUAGUGCCGCUCACUGGCGUGUUUACAACCGUAAUAUUCCCAGAAUUCCUGCUGAUCAGUACUAAAUACGCUAAUAAAAUCUGGAAUGUG